AUGUCUUUUGUUCUCGGCGGUGGCUCCAACCCGGCUUUCGGCCGUGAUCCCGGCCCUCCCCCUCCCCGCACUCCUCGUCCCGGUGCCUUCCCUCCCGGUUCUGUUCCGAACCCAGCUGCUGUCCCGCGAGUCAUUCCCGGCAUGCCGGCUCCCGCUCCCGCUUAUGGCUUCGCUCAACAGCCCGCCGCACCUGCGGCUUCCCCUUACUACUACGCCCAGGCCCCGGCGCCAGCUGCUCCUGCUGCUCCCGCCUGGGGCAGCGCCAUGGCCGCUACCCCCAGUCUCUUCCCUCAACCUUACCAGUACAUCUCCGGCUUAGGCGGCAGCGGCCGCACUCCCCAGCCCUACCCUGUCAUCAACCCUAACAUGCCGGCGGCCAACAUGAUGAACAGCACCGGCGGUGUCGGCUGCGAACCCGGUUACAACUAUUUCUUCCCGCCCGAGCACACAAAGAUCCACGUGUUUAAGUGCGGCGCUACGCCUCCCUGGCAUCAGCCGCCCAACGCUCGCUUGCCGUUUCACGCCUGUCAUGUUCCCGUCUCGACCACCGUCCAGGAACUCAUGUAUGGGUUUGGCGCGACUAAUCCGAGCAAGAAGAAGAACAAGCUGUUUGAGGUGGUGCAGGGUGGUAAUGGACGCUGGUAUCGUGGUUUGGCGUUCAGGGGCGAUGAUAAGGAGCUGUUGCAGAAGACUUGCAAAGAUUUGGGAUGGGAUAAGAGCAGAAGUGGAUUGCCGGGACAGAAGCCGGUGGUUUAUCUUUACGUUACCAAGGACUGAUGGGGGGUUCUGAGAUGAGAUGGGGAGGUAGCGGCAUGUAAGUUGUCAGAAGCGUUGUGGCUUGUUCAAGGAAGGUGAGAGGGAUGAUGGGUUUUCUUACGCGCCGGUGGCGGAUGGUUGUGCGCUCAUGAUAUGGAAGGUUUCAGUUCUGCUUGUCCGUGCCCGCUAAUUUUCAUUUUAUUUUCGUUCGUUUUCCGCAAGCUGAAGGCUAUGCAUAGCGUAUCAUUCAGUGGGGCUUAAUAAACAAGACAGUUAGCGCCUACUACUCAUUCCUCUUCAGUGCCAGGUUUGAAUCAUUUGUUUGUUUACUUUUAGACCUUCUCUCCAACGCACGGGCCACCCCCUUUUUCCUUAUCAUCCUCGUCUUCGCAUUCACUGCCCAUCUCCCUCUCGAGUCUUCAACAACAACCCCUCAUCACUCCCCUCAUAUCACUCAGUAGUGUACACCCCCCAAACCCUAUCAUGAUACCCCAACUUGCCCAUCUCCCCUGUCAACCCUCGGCAAACACCUUCUCUGCCCCGUCAGGACUCGAGGUAUUUAACCUCACCCAAUCCUCCUGCGGCAGGUCCAAAAAGGGCGACUUGAUCCUCUUGGUCCCGCGCGUGGUAGUUUGUUGUGCCUUUAUGGACGCGACGCAAGCAGAGACAAUGUCGGCUAUGUCCACUCUGCGAUAAGCUAGUUCGCAGAGCCUUGAGGUUUUCGUCGUCGUCGGCCUCGGGGAAGAAGCGGGAGGUUUUUGAGGAUUAUUAUGGGUAAUGAAGAAGAAGAAGAGGAAAAGGAAGAGAUCAAGUAAAGUAGCACAGAUCUUCGGCGCUGGGUUUGGUUCAGUUAAGCCAUAGAUGUUCU